AUGGAUCAGACCUCAAAUACAAAUGUUUUAGAAAAUUUCUAUGAAACACGGGAAGUUUAUGAAGUAGAUAACUUUCUUCAUACUCACCACAGUCAGCACGUUGACUUUAGCAGCAGUAACGAUAGCAAAAGUUUGGGGGUACAGGAGAGAGCAGCGAAAAAUAAAUUUAAAAAAUUUGAUUAUAAAUUUCUGACAACAGAUCAACGGCCAUAUCAGCAAUGUGCGCAGAAGCGGUCCCUACCAAUGAGCUGUGCUAAAUUCAGUGAAACUUGCGCAACCCAAGACAUGCUUAAAAAACGACGCUUAGCUGCAAACGCUCGAGAACGGCGAAGAAUGAAUAGUCUCAACGAUGCAUUUGAUAAGCUACGUGAUGUCAUCCCUUCUUUGGGACACGAUCGACGACUUUCCAAAUACGAAACAUUGCAAAUGGCUCAAGCGUAUAUAGGCGAUCUCAUGAAACUGCUUACGCGGGAUUUCUAG